AUGGGGAAUAGCAGCUCAAGUGGAAGCUCGAGGCAAUCCUCAAUGAAUCAUUCGAAUUCUGCAUCCGGGUGGCAGCACGAUUACGCCCAAUCAUCAUAUUUGCAGUACGCGCAGAAUUAUCCCACGCAGCAUCCUUAUCCAGCCCCAGCAGGAUAUCCACCGCAAAGCCCCUAUUAUCCUCCUCCUCCUCAGGAUUACGGGAGUCAAUAUAACGAGGUUGCAUCCCGGCCUCACGCGCCGCAAAAGAAAUUUGACAGGAGAUACUCGAGGAUUGCGGACAAUUAUAGGUCGUUAGAUGAGGUUACAGAAGCACUAGCACGUGCUGGUCUUGAGUCUUCCAACCUCAUUGUCGGAAUUGAUUUCACCAAGAGCAAUGAAUGGACAGGCAAGAGGUCAUACGACGGUAGAAGCUUACAUCACAUUGGGAAUGGCCUGAAUCCGUAUGAGCAAGCUAUAUCCAUUAUUGGGAAGACUUUGGCAGCUUUUGAUGAUGAUAACUUGAUCCCUUGUUUUGGGUUUGGCGAUGCAUCAACUCACGAUCAGGACGUAUUCAGUUUCUACCCUGAUGAUAGAUUUUGCAAUGGGUUUGAGGAAGUCUUGAGCCGAUAUAGAGAAAUUGUUCCCAAACUUAAACUAGCAGGUCCAACAUCUUUCGCACCAAUAAUCGAAAUGGCUAUGACUAUUGUCGAGCAAAGUGGAGGUCAGUACCACGUGCUAGUGGUUAUUGCCGAUGGACAGGUAACCAGAAGUGUUGAUACUGAAAACGGACAGUUAAGCCCGCAGGAGAGAAAAACUGUUCAAGCAAUCGUUGAAGCUAGCAAGUUUCCUUUAUCUAUUAUUUUGGUCGGGGUUGGAGAUGGCCCUUGGGACAUGAUGAGGGAAUUUGACGACAAUAUCCCUUCUCGCGACUUUGAUAACUUCCAGUUUGUCAAUUUUACGGAGAUCAUGUCCAAAAACGCGCACCAAUCUAGAAAAGAGACAGAGUUUGCUCUUGCGGCAUUAAUGGAAAUUCCUUCACAGUAUAAAGCUACUAUGGAGCUUAAUUUGCUAGGUGGACGAAAAGGAAAUGCUUCAGGCCGGAUAGCUCUUCCACCUCCAGUCCACAAUGCUGCUGGUUUUGGCUCGGCUUUAAAGCCCUCACGUGCAACAAGCUUUCAGUACAGCUCGACGUCAUAUCACGACCAAAAACCCUCUGCUAAUUUGGCCCCUUCUAAUCCGAGCUCCACUUACGAACAUCAGAUUUGUCCCAUUUGCCUUACUAAUCCUAAGGACAUGGCUUUUGGUUGUGGUCACCAGACGUGCUGCGAUUGUGGCCAAUCCCUCCAGAUGUGUCCAAUUUGCCGCAGUCCAAUCGAGACCAGAAUAAAGCUAUAUUAA